AUGCCUGGUAGAAGAAACCAAGGCAGAGGCGGUCGAGGUGGCCGUGGAGGAAGAUCUGCACAGCAGACUGGUCGAGGGUCUCACGGCAAGAAGGCCGAUAGACCAAAGCAAUACCAUCCUCACAAUCCUGACUUCACUCACGAGCAGGUGACAAUAUACUUGGUUGAGGCCAUUGCGCUCAAGAGCCUGGACUACACUCAAGAUAUGAUCUGGAGUGUGAGAAAUAUGGCCCGUGUGGACUUUGAGGCUUUAAGAGGCACUCAAACGGUCUACAAGCCAGGAAAGACCGACUCCGAGUUCUUCAAGAGUUCGAGACAGGCUCAACUUGAUCGGAACUGGGAAAAUCUAAAUGUCAAGUUUGACAAGAGAGAAGUGAUCUACACCACAAACCAAUAUACCGUGGCUGCGAUCAUCACCAAGCAUUUCAUCACUCAAGCAAUGAAAGAUAAGUUAAGCAAUGAAACUGAUUGGUUGGACCUCAAGGUAGAUCAUGUGAUGCUGUUACUACUACGAGCGGGGAGAGCCAAUCUCCAAGUCCCUGCGACUGCAUCUGCGGCGCAGUCGGAUGCCGCGUCUAGCGUCACUGGAACGCAAUCAACUGGUCAACAACAUCGAAGCAAUAUGCAACGAGCUGUUGUUGACAGGAGUGGAAAUAGCACUUCUGGUACUACUGAUGUAACCGGUUCUUAUGUGGUACGAGGCAGAUCUGUCGCUGAUGGACGAUCUGAUGGUAGGAUUACAGGAUGGAACCUUACACAAGUACGUGUAAGUCCGAUUCUGAAGAAGAAAACAGUCUCCACUGAAGACAGGGGGGAGUUGCUGAUGAAGAAAUGGCAAGCACAACUAGAAGCUGCCAGUACUUUCAAGGACGAUGACAGCAUGGUCAGCAAUGGAAGCUUGAACAUGCAGAUCUACAAGUCAACCUCGAAGAUGGAUUCAUUGAAGCACUGUUCUCAAUGGACCAAAGACAACAAGAAACCUUUCAAGUCUAAUGGAAAUUAUGCCAAACCGGGCACUGUGUCUGACCUGGAUUACAUGUUCAACUACGGUACGAACACUGGCCAACGUGAUCUGUAUCAGCAGGUCGAAUCAAGUAUUAUCAAAGGACACACUUGCUUGCUUGAUACUGAAGCACAAUGUAACCUUGAUAGUUUAUCCGAGCUUGUGAAGCUUGGAUUCCAUGUCGUUAUGGACACUGAUAUUGAAAACUCCUUCAUCGUUACAAAGGGGGAACAGCAAAUGAAGUAUGUACAUCAAAACGGAUUGUAUACUUUUGUGCCCAAUGGUAGGGCAGAGAGUGAUGAAGGAUCCGAAUACUCUGAAUGUGAAUACAGAGAAUGCGGAAAUUGUUACUGCGACGCGAUUGGUGUCGCACACACUGAAUGCCAUAAAUCUGGUGUUAUUUUCUGUGGUAGAAUUUUAAAAAUUAGCUAUUCCGAUUCCGAUUAUUGUGGCAUACAGACGGUACGGAAGAAUAUCGAAGGCUUCACUGAUAAACAAGUUGAGCGGGCUAAUCGCGCACGAUCAGUGUAUCAUAUGGCUGGUGCACCAGGCGUGCAAGCGUUUUGUAUUGCAGUAAGAUCUGGUUUGUUCAAGAACUGCAAUGUGAAUGAAGAAGAUGCAAUCAUUGCUGAAAAGAUAUAUGGACCUGGUUCUUCGGUCCUAAAAGGAAAGACGAAGCGUCCCACGCCUGAAGGAGUGCGGGAUGACGUGGAUAGAAAUACCAAAGGAGUUAUUAAUGCACAAUCUGAGUGUAGUGCUGCACAUUGA